AUGAUUGCUUGGCUCCUCAUCUUUGCCACGGUAGCGCGGGCCAUUCCGAUCCCUAAUGGCCAACUAGGUAGGCUCGGUUCUUUAUAAUAGGUGAAACCUUUUGUUGGUAUCAAUUUCUGUCAAUAACGUGACUAAUGUAUUAAUGUAGGUCGAGCAGAGAUCGAAUGUGGGGAAGACAGUAUCGAGAUCGUGUUCUUGACAGAAGAUGUCUUCCAAGGGCGCGUCUUCGUGGUCGGCCACUCCAACGAAACCGAAUGCUCGUCCAGAGACAUCGGCCGCAAGACGACGUCGAUCGUGAUUCCGAAGAACAAGUGUGGAGUUGUGACAACCAGAUCUGUGAGGUAACUCUCAAAUGUAUAAAGUCUUUCAGGCCAGUCCCCCAGGGCUCUUGGUGUCGACCAAAGUGAUGAUCUCCUUCCACGACGAGUUCAUCACCAAAGUGGACCGUGGCUACGAGAUCUCCUGCUUCUACAUGGAGGCCGAGAAGACCGUGACGUACCCGGUGUCCGUCUCCAUGGCCAGCCUACAGCCCGUGACCGAGAACGCCGAGAUGCCACGAUGCAGAUACGAGGUGGUGGAUCCGUUCUCGAAGAAGCCGGUUUCCGUGGUGUCGGUCGGGAACAAGCUCUUGCAUCGAUGGGUCUGUGACUCCGGAUCGCCCGGUUUGUUUUUAUGAUUUCAUAUCUCUUGUGUAAUGUUCCGUUCCGCCGUUCUCACCCAAACUCGAUUUCAGAUCUUUGGUGCAUGACAGUGCAUUCGUGUUUCGUCGAGGAUGGGUCGGGCACUGAAAUUGUCAUUUUAAAUGACAGGGGGUGAGUUAUGCUAAUAGAGUACUGUAAAUUGACUUAAAUAUUAUAUUUUGAUUGUUUAGUUAGUUUAUUAUACGAUUGUUGUGACACAUACUUUGUUUUCAGAUGUGCCAUCGAUAGAUAUUUGUUAGACAACUUAGAGUACGGUCCUGGACUUCUCCAAGCCCAAAAAGAAGCCCAUGCCUUUAAGUUCGCCGACAGAAUUGUAGUCAACUUCCAGUGCAGUAUCAAGCUGGAUAUCAGAGACGGAGAAUGCCCAGUAAGUUUACCCAAGGCUAAAGUAGUUUAACAGUGAUACAGUAACCGUAUUUUAAAACCGUAAAAUAUUCAUACUGUAACAAGCGUGUAACUUUUGUGCUCUUACAGAGUAAAUCUAUCUGUAAGAAAAACAAUUCCUCUAAAGAUUUUGUAAUACAUUACAGGUGCCCAAGUGUCCCGACCUGACCCAUCAGAAGCCUCGUCUCAUCAACAAACGAUCUCACAGUGAACCUAUCUCUUCCGAUGACAACAACGACAUCCAAGUGAGAGCGCAGUCGAUCGAUGUCUUGGAACAUGAUUUAUCGGCGAUUACAUCGCAUCUGACCGAAGAUUGUGUCUCGUACUACGCGUUGCUGUCCAUCUCGAUGUUGUGCAUACUCAUGUCCAGUAUGUUUACGGCCGCUGUCUUCAGGCUGGUCCUGACUCGCCGGAAGUUGUGA